ACUCCGAGCAGCGGCAGUCAGUGUGUGAGCGUUGCGCGGGGAGGAUGUACGCGGACUCUGUGCCAUCCGCAUCCACUGACCCUCUGUUGCUUCUCUUUAUCGAGUGAACCUGUGGGUGCCCUUUGGUGAUGCGGACUCGUGCCCUGGCGUGAGGUGCCGCUGGUGUCGUCAGCCCACCAGUGACGGGAGUGCGGGGCAGCGUGAAGUGACGUGCGUUUGUGUUAUUAGUGAAAUCUUGUCUUGACUCGUGCUGGUGAACUCCGUGUGGUUAGCCAUCUGUGCCCUGCUAACGGCGCCGCCCCUAGGGACUCCAGAAGGAUCCUGCUGUGAAAUGGUGUGGCAGUCCGACGCGGCGUGAUGCGGUCAGGCCAGUACAAGCUGACGGGGGCGGGGACCCGCGGGGUCACACCGGACGUCACGUUGGGUCAGUUCCGGUCCAGCCACUGUGACCUGCCGUCCCCUUCGAGCGAAUUCCCACACCUCAACUCCCUGGUGGUGACCAAGAGCAAGCUGACGGACGGCCGCCCCAACAAGAGCUGUGAGAACCUAAGUCUCGGCGGCGGCAGUGCCCGCAGCGCCGUCACCCGCGUGGAGCAGCGCGUCAAGAACCUUCUGCAGCGCGGCGAGUCCCGGCUGCGGCAACACCCGCAGGGCGCCGCCACCGCCGAGGACGUGUGGCAGUAUGGGCAUGUGGUGACGCUACCCCGCCGGCCCCGCCUGUCCCUGGCACUCUCCCACUCCGCCCUCAACCACAUCACCUCUGACACCGCCUCCUGCCUCAGCGCCAGCAGCGGUUACUCCUCCUCCUCCUCCAGUAACUACGGCAGCUUCAAGAGCAACACGUCCAGCAGCUGUUCAACGUUGCCCCGCCACAGGCCCGGUCAGCCGCCCUCCUCCCCGCAUCCCACCCGCCCCGUCACCCUUGUCGACAACCCCAUGUACGACGUGACCCCGUCCUCCUCCCUGCCCCGCCCCAGGUCCCCACCCCCAUCACCGCCCCAACACAUAUACGACGUCACGCCGGACAGUGACUACGACGCGUGUCGGAACGUGUCGCCCCAAGACGACCCUCUGUACGACACCAUCCCUGCCCACUACCACCUCACUGCCCCGCCCGAGCGUCUCCUCACGCCUGACUCUGGCACGCACGGCGGCCUCGACUCCCUGGAAGAGUCCGCCCCGAACUCCUUGGAGUGUGUCGAGCCGCGGGGCACCGAGGACCAGGUUGCGAGGCAGUGCCGCGAGUACUUUGAGCGGCGCCUCAAGAACUCAGAAACCCUCAAGAAGCGGUGGUCCAUGUGCUCCUCGGACUCCGGGGCGGACUCAGGAGACAGCGACGUCUCUCCUCACGGCACGCUGGCCCAGGCGGGCCAGGCACUCCAAAAAUCCUCCCAACGCGUCCCCAGCGAGUCCCAGGAUGCCGCCGCCGCCGCCACGUCGGGGAAGACGCCGCUCGACCACAAGAUGGAAUUCCUUCGCAAAGAAAUCGUGAGUGUUGCCUCCAGUUCUGUUUGGGUUAAAAGGGGGAAGGGGGGCGGGAGGGGAGGGGGAACCAGAGGAGGGUAGCCAGCUUGUGUCAGUCUGAAAGGAUUUCCCGAACCGCGUCCUGCUGCCCACGCAGGCGACCUUGUGGCAGCAACAUCCCGCGCCAUGCCACGCCACCCCGCGCCUCCCCUGCCGUUUGCCACGCCCCACACAGCAGAGGAGGACAGCAGGUCCGGGAGGGGGGGAGAGGUUAGGAGGAAGGAGGUGUUAGUGGCGAGGGGCGAGGGGGGGAGGAGAGGGGGCGGAGGGGGAGGCUGUAAUUUCUACCGCGAUGCCCCACUGGCCGCCCCGCAUUCCUCUCCACUCGAGGGGAACCAUAACCCCCGCCCCCCCUGAGGAAAACACGACGACUUGCUGCUGGGGGGAGGGGGGAAUCAUU